AUGAUGAACAGAAAAUUGAUACUUAGCGCUUGUAGGUAACUAAAGUAAAGACAGAGUAUUUUCGCCUUUGCUCAGUAGAGAACUUUUGCCACUGGAACUUCAGAAUAAUCAAGAUAGGAGAAAAUCGACUUUGGGUUUAAGGAUGUUAACUAUGAAGAAAAGGAGAAAAUGGUUAGAUAAGUAUUCAGCAAUGUUGCUGACAGCUAUGAUGUGAUGAAUGAUGCAAUGAGUCUAGGAGUUCAUAGAUGCUGGAAAGAUCAGUUUGUUAAUCAAUUAGGACCCCUUAGAACUAGAAGAGUCGUAGUUGAGACUUCUAAUCAAGAGAGAGAAGAAAAAUUAAAGGUCAUUGAUGUAGCUGGAGGCACUGGCGAUAUUUCCUUCAGAAUACUCAAUAAAGCCAAGAAAGACUCACCCACUCAGCUUUCUGUGGAUAUCACUGUGUCAGAUAUUAACCCUAAUAUGCUUGAAGUAGGCAAGAAGAGAGCUGUAGAGCAAGGCUUAUUCCAUGACUUAUCGUUUAUGGAACUAAAUGCAGAGAACCUAUCAAACCUCAAGAGUGACGACUUUGAUAUCUACACAAUAGCUUUUGGAAUCAGAAACGUGACUGACAGACAAAAGGCUUUGAAAGAGGCUUAUAGAGUACUUAGAAAGGGUGGUAGAUUUAUGUGUCUCGAGUUCUCUGAAGUUGAAGUACCAGGCUUGAAGCAAUUCUAUGAUUUCUACUCAUUCAACAUCAUUCCACAGUUAGGAUAGUUCAUCGCUAAUGACAUAGAUUCCUAUUAAUAUUUAGUUGAGAGCAUCAGAAAAUUCCCAAAGCAAGCUGAGUUCGCAAAGCUGAUUGAAGAUGCUGGAUUCAAAGCAGUCACUUACACUAAUCUUACUGGAGGAAUUGUUGCUAUUCACUCAGGGUUCAAAGUAUGA